GCGGGCCCGGUGACGUGUCUGCGCCACAAGCAGCCCGGCCCGGCUCUGCCGGCCUGGGUGAGGAGAGAAGAAAGAGGCGACGGCCGUGAGGAGGGGAAGGGUGCCUGGCGGACUCCACCGCAGGCCCAGCAGCUCCGCCGCCGCCGCCAGAAGGAACGGGAGCGAGCGUGCUCUGGCCUGCACCAUGUUCAACGUGGAGAGCCUCGAGCGGGCCGAGCUCGGAGAGAGCUUGCUCACCUGGAUCCAGACGUUCAAUGUUGAAGCACCCUGCCAGACAGUAGAAGAUUUAACCAAUGGAGUGGUGAUGGCCCAAGUACUUCAAAAGAUAGAUCCAGCAUACUUUGAUGAAAAUUGGUUAAACAGAAUCAAAACAGAAGUAGGAGACAAUUGGAGACUGAAGGUAAGCAAUCUGAAGAAAAUUUUAAAAGGAAUCUUGGAUUACAAUCAUGAGAUUUUGGGGCAGCAAAUCAAUGAUUUUACUCUUCCUGAUGUCAACUUGAUUGGGGAGCAUUCAGAUGCUGCAGAGCUUGGAAGAAUGCUCCAGCUCAUUCUGGGAUGUGCUGUAAACUGUGAACAAAAACAAGAAUAUAUCCAGACCAUCAUGAUGAUGGAAGAGUCUGUUCAACAUGUAGUCAUGACAGCCAUCCAGGAGUUGAUGAGUAAAGAAUCUCCAGUCUCUGCUGGAAAUGAUGCUUACGUUGAUCUUGAUCGCCAGAAGUGUGGCAAGUAUUACCUAAUAAAUUUGAUGUUUAAGCAGAACUUGACAUGCUGGAAAACUACAGAAGAAUUAAAUGAUGCCUUAGCAACCAAAGAAGAAAUUGCCCAGAGAUGCCAUGAACUGGAUAUGCAGGUUGCUGCACUGCAAGAGGAGAAAAGUAGUUUGCUUGCCGAGAAUCAGAUCUUGAUGGAACGCUUAAAUCAGUCGGAUUCUAUAGAAGACCCCAAUAGCCCAGCAGGACGUAGACACCUGCAGCUACAGACGCAGCUAGAACAGCUCCAGGAGGAAACAUUCAGAUUAGAAGCAGCAAAGGAUGAUUAUCGAAUUCGUUGUGAAGAGUUAGAGAAGGAAAUUGCAGAAUUACGGCAACAGAAUGAAGAAUUAACAAAUCUCGCGGAAGAAGCCCAGUCUUUGAAGGACGAGAUGGACGUACUAAGGCAUUCCUCUGACAAAGUCGCCAAGUUGGAAAGCCAGGUGGAAUCCUAUAAAAAGAAGCUGGAAGAUCUUGGGGAUCUACGGCGACAGGUGAAACUCUUGGAGGAGAAGAACACAAUGUACAUGCAAAACACUGUAAGCUUGGAAGAAGAACUGAGGAAAGCCAACGCAGCCCGGAGCCAACUGGAAACGUAUAAGAGACAGGUAGUUGAACUCCAGAAUAGAUUGUCUGAAGAAUCCAAGAAGGCAGACAAAUUAGAGUUUGAGUUCAAGAUGCUGAAAGAGAAAGUAGACAGUCUACAAAAAGAAAAAGAUCGGCUAAGGACAGAGAGAGACUCCCUAAAAGAAACGAUUGAAGAGAUUCGAUGUGUACAAGCGCAAGAGGGACAGCUUACCACUUCAGGAUUACUGCCACUGGAAGGUCAAGGGUCUUCAGAUAGUUUAGCAGCGGAAAUUGUUACCCCUGAAAUCAAGGAAAAACUCAUUCGCCUCCAGCAUGAAAAUAAAGUGCUGAAGCUUAACCAAGAAGGGUCUGACAAUGAAAAGAUUGCCCUGUUGCAAAGUCUCCUGGAUGACGCCAAUCUCCGGAAGAACGAACUAGAGACAGAAAACAGGCUUGUAAAUCAGAGACUGCUCGAAGUACAGUCUCAGGUUGAAGAACUGCAAAAAUCUUUACAGGAGCAAGGUUCAAAAGCUGAAGAUUCUGUCAUUCUGAAGAAGAAACUUGAUGAACACCUCGAAAAGCUGCACGAAGCUAAUAAUGAGCUAAAGAAAAACCGUGCAAUCAUUGAAGAUCUAGAACCUCGAUAUAACAACAGUUCACUCAAGAUAGAAGAAUUACAAGAAGCUUUACGGAAAAAAGAAGAAGAAAUGAAACAAAUGGAAGAGCGAUACAAAAAGUACUUGGAAAAGGCCAAAAGCGUUAUCCGUACCUUAGACCCCAAGCAGAACCAGGGCUCAGGGCCAGAGAUCCAGGCUCUGAAGAAUCAGCUGCAAGAACGGGACAGGAUGUUCCAUUCUCUAGAGAAAGAAUUUGAAAAAACGAAGAGUCAAAGAGAAACGGAAGAAAAAUACAUUGUCAGUGCCUGGUACAACAUGGGGAUGACUCUUCAUAAAAAAGCUGCAGAAGACAGACUUGCUAGUACAGGUUCCGGACAGUCCUUCCUGGCUAGACAAAGGCAAGCUACCAGCACAAGGAGAGCUUAUCCAGGCCACGUCCAGCCAGCGACAGCGAGGUAGAGGAAAGCCUUGCCCUUUUGAUAGGAAGCCAUCCUGGCAUCAAGACCUACUUCUGUUGCAAGUGACAGCGUUUCAGGAAACCUAGCCAGCAUCCUCUCUAUAUUUCCCCUUCUUGCUCCUACAACUAACGUCUCGUUUCAGGAAGGCUUUAAAAAAAAAAACAACUCUCAAUGUUUUUAAUCUUCCUCCACUCUUUUUUGUUUUGCCUUUUAAUGUGCCAAAACAUCAAAGACACCUAGUGGAGUGUAAUCAUUAAACCCCUCCCUGUGUAUGGAACCUUCCCCCUUCUCUCUUUGUCUCCCCAAACUGUCCUGACCUGGGAGUUUCCUGUUGGGGAAAGCUGUUGUCGUCCUUUCCAAGGUUGCCAUUGUAUAAAAGGGAAUUUUCUCCUUUCCCCCCCUCCCCUCAUCCCAGUCUGAUCUGUCUGUUUUUAAAUGAUGUGAUGGGAUAGGCAACAAUGCUUUGUAGAAUAAUUAUGAGAUGCAUGUGUUGCGAUGGCCUAGAUAUGGGCAGAAGCUGGAACCGGGCUGCAAGGGUCCCUGAUCGGGGUGGGAAGGGUGCUCGAUACGUUUCCCUUGUGCUGCUGUUACUCCAUCCCUUGGGUUUAGUUUUAGAGAAGCGGGCUGGCUUUCUUUUGGCUUUCUCUGCUCACGUCCUCUCUCUGCCUCACCAGAGUUCAGCAAUUUGAUGGUUUCUCCAUUUUACUUCCCAGGACAACACUUAAAAACAUGGGGCUCUAACCACACGGAGGACAGGCCAUCCAUGGGAUUGUUAUGCUCCCGUAACUGUCUGGAAGUUCUAGGAAUUGGGGCCGUGCGUGGCUGAUUCAGCGCAUGGCUGAAUCUUACCGAGAAAUGGUGCUGCACGUUGGUCAGCCAUCACAAGGAAAUUUAGAAAAGUAGUGACCAUGGGGAGAAGUGGUCACCACUCACUCUGCACUGAAAUAGAUUUUGGUUGAUUUUUUUGGUAGACUGUCUUGAAACGGCCAUCCAUUGCUUAACAUCUGUUUUGAUAGGCCAGGAAGGAGGAUAAGGUUAUUAAAUUGCCUUGCAGGUGGCACUGGUGCAAGGUGAUUCUGACGUGUGUUCAUUCUCCUUUUUGUGCCAAAUUUUAAUGUGCACCUGGGUGAAGUUAUAGAUACCUGGUACCCAUCAUGGAAUAAAAAUGGCAUUUCCCUUUGGAUUCUGGUUCCUGCCGACUAUUCCAAAUGUUGAGUAAUUCCCUUCAAAUUUUUUAUGAAAUUUGAGAUGGUUCAGUACGGGGCCAUUUCCCUAUAGAUUCACCAUUAGAAUAACUUGGGAGGUCUUGUUUAAUAUUAAUGAUCCCCGUUUUUCAACCAGGAAUUUCUCUUGCUUUACAUCCUUCUUUUAAAAAGGUCAA